AUGGAAAAUCCAUUGAUUAGCGAUAGUAUUUUUUGUUCUAACUAUGACACAUUGGGAAAGCAGGUUUGUGAGUUCAAUGGUAAAUCUUGUUUAUCAGAAAAUUUCUAUCUGAACUCAUCAGGAACUAACUCAUUUGACUCAUCCCGUUCAAGCAGCCUGGAUAAGUUUUCCACGUUCCUGCUUUCGAAAUCAGAACAGAACCCUAAUCAUAUUAAUUCGUCAAUCAACGGAACUUCUGUGAAAUCCAUAUCGAGCCCGCUGACCCAUGACCACUUUGACACCAUUUAUAGAAACUCGUCAAGUAUAUCGUUCUUCAGAGAUUUGAAGGACUACUUUGCACAAAACCUGUUUGAGAAGCUGAGGAAGUGCGUGACUCAAAUUUAUCAGAACGACAUAGACCAAUACAAGAUCACCACAAGCGACCUCAUAACAAUCACGCCAGAAGAAAUGAGGGACAGAGCACUGCUGCUGAAGAGCUGUAUGUCCACCACAGACAUUAACAUUGUGCAAAUAUACAUGGCGCUGCGAGAAAGGUACAACGUAAUUGAAACGGGCUCGGUGCCCAGUGUUGGAUCGCUGCUGCACGUGCACGGCUUCUGUAAGCCCUGCGUAUUUGCAAACAAGAAGUCCAACUACUGUAAAAGUGGAUUCGGCUGUAAUUUUUGUCACUUUAAUCACAAGGCGUCGAAGUCCAAGAGUAAUACGAAGCCCUCGUUCACAAAGCUGUCUGCCCACAGCGAAUUUUUCAAAACGCUGAUCAGGAUGCCCAGGAGUGAGGAGAGCUCGCUAAGAUGUUCAACCACAGAUGACGACUUCUCCUUCACGAGUUCCGGAACGUCACUCAUGAGCCUAAACGAGUUGAAGUCGACCAAUGAGGACUUCCACCCAUCCAUCAACAUGCUUAAAUUUUAA